AUGCAGUACUGGAGCGCUGUCUGGGGCCAGUGGAUCCGGCGAGUGCCGCCCUCGACGUGCUUCAUGGCCAACGAAACUCUGCCGGCCUUGGCGCUGAACCUUCCCAUGAAGGACUUCAGCCCGGCGGAGGUGAAGAAUUCCACGGAGAACCUCAGAUUCGCCCCUGCCUACAUGGGGGCUGAUGGUCCGCCGUGGAAUCGCAGACAGCCUCUCUGCGUAUUCAAGGGUCUGGAGUAG